CACAAAAAGAUAGGGAAAGAAAGGAGAAACAUCAUCAUGCUUCUUCAUAUUAUUCUUAGUCUUUAUGCAUUUCCUUUUGCAAUGGGCUUGGGAACUCUUCAAGGUUCCAACAUGAACAAUAUAGCAAAGCCAAACUGUCCAACCCACUGCGGGAAUGUGGAAGUUCCUUACCCUUUUGGUAUCGGUAAUGACACGGGUUGUUCCCUUGACAACUCGUUCUACGUGACUUGUAACACGUCUUACAAGGAUCCAAAGUUGUUUCUCCGUUCAAGCAAUAUAGAAAUAUACAAUAUUUCAGAUUCAGAGUUCCGUAUUGGCACUGGUGUUGCUUAUAAGUGCUACAACCAAGAUGGAACUAUAAAAGAUGAAUUUGAUUGGUGGGCAAGGUUGGGAACAUUCACUUUCUCCCAAAAGAACACGUUCACCGUCCUUGGGUGUGAUGAUCUUUCUAUGAUCAGAGGGAAAAACGGUGCAGAAUUUACUGGCGGCUGUUUGGGGCUAUGCAGCAAAGCACAGGAUUUGCCUGCUAAUGGGACGUGCUCAGGAAUUGGCUGUUGCCAGACAUCCAUACCGAAUGGCCUAGAGUACUACAAUGCUACACUCUACACUUUUCGAAACCACACAGAUGUUUGGGCCUUCAACCGCUGUGGCUAUGCGUUUCUUGGAGAGGAAGACAGUUUUGUGUUCCAUGGUGUCAGUGAUUUAUAUGCUGAAUCUGCUGUUGUGGAGAGGAUAAAGUCCACUGUCCCUGUUGUGGUAGAUUGGGCAAUUGCUCCGGACACUCGUGGUUGCUCUAAGUCUUCGGCAUGCAAAGAAAACAGUUCAUGCUAUGAGGUAGACACUGGUGGAUAUCGUUGUAGAUGCAACAAUGGUUACGAGGGUAACCCUUAUCUUGAUCCAGGCUGCCAAGACAUCAACGAGUGUGAGGAUCCAGGAACCAACCCCUGCUAUGGUGAUUGCAUAAAUACUCGAGGGAGUUACAAUUGUAGUUGCCCAUUGGGAUCUUUUGGUGAUGCCAAAAUAGAAAAUGGUUGUCACUGGUAUAAAGAUUCAAAAUUUUCUUCAAACAUAUUCACUAUAGUAACGGUGUGUGGCCUGUUAGCGGUACUAUCUGGUAUAGCGGGAAUUUUAUAUGGUAUAAGGAGGAGGAAGCUAAUGAAGCUCCGAGAAAGGUUCUUCGAGCAAAAUGGGGGUGUGUUGCUGAGACAAAAGAUUAAUUCACAAGGGUCUCAUGAGGCAAUGACUUUGUUUAGCACCGUACAGCUUCGUAAAGCCACCCGUAAUUAUUCUAAAGAUAAUAUCAUUGGUCGAGGUGCCUAUGGUGUAGUGUAUAAAGGAGUUUUAUCUGACAAACGUGUAGUUGCAAUAAAGAAGUCUAAAAUAGUGGAUGCGAGCCAAGCAGAGCAGUUCAUAAAUGAAGUUUUGAUCCUUACACAAGUCAUCCAUCGACAUGUGGUAAAGCUUUUAGGUUGUUGCCUAGAAGAGGAAGUCCCUGUACUAGUUUAUGAAUUUAUCUCUAAUAACACUCUUCACCAUCACAUUCAUUCUAGAUUGGGUGGAAUGAGUUGGUUAUCAUGGGAAAACCGAUUAAGGGUAGCUGUUGAAGCUGCUAGUGCACUUGCAUACCUUCAUUCAGAAACCAUUAUGCCAAUUAUACACCGAGAUGUCAAGUCCACCAACAUAUUAGUGGAUGAAAACUACACCGCAAAAAUUUCAGAUUUUGGCGCAUCAAGAUUAGUCCCAUUAGAUCACCAACAAGUAACUACUCUUAUUCAGGGUACACUAGGGUAUUUGGAUCCAGAGUACUUCAACACAAGCCAACUAACUGAGAAAAGUGAUGUAUAUAGCUUUGGUGUGGUCCUUGCAGAACUCAUGACCGGAAAAAAACCUAUUGGUGUUGAUAGAUCCAAUCUUGAGAAUAAUUUAGCAACACAUUUUGUCAAAUUAGUUACAGAAAACCGCUUAUAUGGAAUUGUUGAACCUCGAAUAUUGCGUGAAGGGACACUUGAGCAAAUACAAGCUGUAGGUGAUCUCGUAAAAAGAUGCCUUAAUUUACAAGGCAAGGAUAGACCUACCAUGAAAGAGGUGGCAGUGGAGCUACAUAGAUUGAGGAAAUUCACAACUCAACCUUGGGUUCAACAACAAACAUUUCAAGACGCUAGAAGUGUAGUCCUAGAAGUUGAGCAAUCUGAUCUUUACGAGGUCCCAUUAGUUUCGUAUGGUAGUCGUGAUAGGGAAUCUUGCUCAAACAGCACAGACAAUACAAUUGAAGAAAACAAACCACGUUAAAGUUUUAUUUAUGCUUUCUAUAGUGUUGAUUGUGUGAGUAUCACCACCUUGUUUGCACCAAUUAUGGUUGGAACGGUUACAAUUGUUGUCUUUAAUGUUUUCCUAUACAUUGUAAUACUUCCUUUGUAACAUUUUGUUACAUUUCUAAUGUUCUACUUCAUGAUUUUUAUAAAGGGUUUUUAAAAAUGAA